AUGACAGGAAAAGCCACCUCCGAGGCCUCCGCCCCUGCACCGGAGGAGACAACCUCUGAGCCUGCCAAAAAGCCCACCCCAGAGGCCUCCGGAGAAGUGGCAGCACCAGAGCCCCCUGGGGAAGGGCAGGCUCCCCAGUCACAGGAGCCUGUCCCUGAGGCACCUGCCCCAGCUGCCCCCACGACUCCUAAGCCUGCACCCCCAAGCGAAGAUGUGCCCAGUGUCCCCCUGAAGCUGACCUUGGAGGAUGUAAGCAGCAGCUCUGUGACUGUGAGCUGGGAGCCCCCGGAGAAGCUCGGGCGGCUAGGGCUGCAGGGCUACGUGCUGGAGCGCUGCGGAGAGGGAGCGUCGGAGUGGGUGCCAGUGAACGCCCGGCCCCUCAUGGUGACCCAGCAGACCCUGCGGAACCUGGCUCUGGGAGACAAGUUCACCCUGCGUGUGUCUGCGGUGAGCUCCGCAGGUGCCGGCCCACCAGCUGUCUUGGACAAACUCAUCCACAUCCAGGAGAGCAUUGAAGCCCCCAAGAUCCGUGUCCCCCGCCAUCUGCGUCAGACCUAUAUCCGCCACGUGGGAGAGUCGGUCAACAUGCAGAUCCCCUUCCAGGGAAAGCCCAAGCCUCAGGCUUCAUGGACCCACAAUGGCCAGGCCCUCAACAGCCAGCAGGCAAGUGUGCGGAACGGGGACCAGGAUACCAUCCUCUUCAUCCGAAAGGCCCAGCGCUCCGACUCAGGCCGCUACGAGCUCACCUUGAGGGUGGAAGGCCUGGAGGCCAAGGCAGCCAUUGACAUCCUGGUGAUCGAGAAGCCUGCUCCCCCCAGCAGCAUCAGGGUACUAGACAUCUGGGGCUCCAAUGCUGCCCUCGAGUGGACACCACCGGAGGACACUGGCAACACAGAGCUCCUGGGCUACACUGUGCAGAAGGCAGACAAAAAGACAGGGCAAUGGUUCACAGUCCUGGAGCGCUACCACCCGACCACCUGCACCAUCUCCAACCUCGUCGUGGGCAACGCCUACUCCUUCCGGGUCUUCUCUGAAAACCAGUGUGGACUCAGCGACUCGGCCGCUGUCACCAAGGAGCUGGCCCACAUCCGGAAGGCAGACAUCACCGCCAAACCCAAAGAGAUUACAGAGCAGCGAGACUUCUCAGAAGCCCCCUCGUUCACGCAGCCCCUGGCCGAUCACACGUCUACCCCGGGCUACAGCACCCAGUUGUUCUGUAGCGUCCGAGCAUCACCUAAGCCCAAGAUCACCUGGAUGAAGAACAAGAUGGACAUCCAGGGGGACCCCAGAUACCGCGCCAUCUCGGAUCAAGGCAUCUGCAUCCUGGAGAUCCGCAAGCCCAGCCCUUUCGAUUCUGGUGUCUAUACCUGCAAGGCUGUCAACGUGCUGGGGGAGGCAUCUGUGGACUGCCGGCUGGAGGUCAAAGCAUCAGCCACACACUGAAGAGUGACUGAAGGCAGCGGUGAUGAGGAG